GCCUGCUAAUGCUGUCAGAGUAGAUUAGCAGCAGAGUGAGCUCGCCGUACUCACACACAGGCUCCUUGUGACUUCCGACUCACCACACAAACAGCUUAUAUUACGAAUAAUUCAUUUAUUAUUAUUAUAUUUUUUUUUUACCACUUCCCGUCUCACGUUUCACAUUUAAGUGAUAUGGAGCCAACCUAGCGGCUAGCUAGCUAGCUGUCUUGCUAGCCGGGAUGUGAGCAUCCUCGUUGCCUGCCCACGGGAGCAUACAUGUGCGACACAUUGCACGGCCGCGGCGUGGGUGAACGACACACCGGCGACGAUGCGCAAGGACGUAAGGAUCUUGCUGGUUGGGGAACCCAAGGUGGGAAAGACGUCUCUCAUCAUGUCUCUGGUCAGCGAGGAGUUCCCAACUGUGGUUCCUUACCGAGCUGAGGAGAUAACCAUACCCGCGGAUGUCACUCCAGAGAGAGUCCCCACACACAUUGUGGACUAUUCAGAAGCCGAGCAGACAGACGAGCAGUUGUUCCAGGAGAUCACAAAGGCAAAUGUGAUUUGCAUCGUGUACUCCGUCAACAACAAGACGUCGAUAGAGAAGGUGACAAGCUACUGGAUCCCCCUCAUUCUUGACAACACGGACAAGGAUAGCAGGGUUCCUCUCAUCCUGGUGGGAAACAAGUCAGACCUGGUGGAGCACAGCAGCAUGGAGACCAUCCUGCCCGUUAUGAACCAGUACAGCGAGAUCGAGACCUGCGUCGAGUGCUCAGCAAAGAAUCUGAAGAACAUCUCGGAGCUGUUCUACUAUGCCCAAAAGGCUGUCCUUCACCCCACAGGCCCCCUCUACUGUCCAGACAAAAAAGACAUGAGGCCACUUUGUGUAAAAGCGCUGACCCGAAUCUUCAAAGUGUCCGACAUGGACAACGACGGUAUUCUCAACGAUAAUGAGCUCAACUUCUUUCAGAAAACAUGUUUCAACGUGCCACUGGAGCCGCAGGCCUUAGAGGAUGUGAAAAAUGUUGUGAGGAAGAAUUUGAGUGAUGGAGUGUGUGACAAUGGACUUACUCUAAAAGGCUUCCUGUUCCUCCACACGCUGUUCAUACAGCGAGGUCGCCACGAAACCACAUGGACGGUGCUCAGGAGAUUCGGAUACGACGACGACCUGGAGCUCAAUCAGGACUACCUCUUCCCCCCGCUGAAAGUUCCUCCUGACUGCACCACAGAGCUCAACCACACAGCCUACCUCUUCCUGCAGAGUGUCUUCGACAAACAUGACAAGGACCGUGACUGUGCCUUGUCGCCGGAGGAGCUGAGGGACCUGUUUGAUGUUUUUCCUUACGCGCCCUGGGGCCCUGACGUCAACAACACUGUGUGCACCAACGAGCAGGGCUGGAUAACUUACCAGGGUUAUCUCUCACAGUGGACGUUAACAACUUAUCUGGAUGUGCAGCGUUGCCUGGAGUAUUUGGGCUACCUUGGUUAUUCAAUCAUUGCUGAGCAGGAGUCCCAAGCAGCAGGAAUUACAGUGACCAGGGAUAAGAAGAUUGACUUGCAGAAGAAACAGACACAACGCGGCGUUUUCCGCUGUAACGUCUUUGGAGAUGCUGGCAGUGGGAAGAGUGGCUUCCUCCAAGCCUUUCUGGGGAGGAACCUGAUGCACCAGCAAAUGAUCAAAGAGGAACAUAAAUCCUACUAUGCCAUCAGCACAACCUUUGUUUACGGUCAGGAGAAAUACCUUCUACUUCAUGAAGUGUUCCCUGACUUGGACUACCUGUCUGACGCCGACCUGGCCUGUGACAUCAUCUGCUUAGUGUAUGACGUCAGCAACCCGUACUCUUUUGAAUACUGCGCCAAAGUCUUCAAGCAAUACUUCAUGGACUGCAAGAUCCCGUGCAUGAUGAUCGCGGCCAAGUCGGACCUGCCUGAGACCAAACAGUUCUACGGCUGCAGUCCUCUGGAGUUCUGUCGGAGGCACAAAAUGCCUCCUCCGCAGUCGUUCACCUGUAACACCGCGGGAGCGCCUGGCAGAGACAUUUAUACCAAACUCAGCACCAUGGCCAUGUACCCCCACGCGCGACUGCGCUGCAUGUGCACUUGUAACCGCUGCACCUUCUGCUUGUGUCAGAACCUGCUCAACUCCGAGCUGCUGCAGACGGUCAGAGCCAAACUACACGCUGUGGUUCUCCGCAGGCACGUGAGCCAAGCGGACCUGAAAAGCUCCGCCUUCUGGCUGAGAGCAAGCGUGGGCGCCAGCGUGUGUGCCCUGCUGGGUUUCGCAAUGUACAGAGUUCUGCUCAAAACGCGGUGAUGCCUCUCAUGACCACCGGCAAACUGUUCUCGUACACACCGUAUGUACAAAAGUAUUGGGACAAGCAAUCAGCUUGGGGUGCGCUUGACCCGUUUAGAGCCUUAAAGGAAACGUUUGCAUUUUUUCCCACAAUUUACAAUUGUUUUCAGGUGUUUAAAUAACAUAGGUCUGACAUGGUUUGGUAGAAAUACCACAAAUUUCAAGAUUUGUAGGGCACUUUGUACACCGCAUUUCUUGUCCUGCUGAAAUCAGCCUGUUUUAGGAGUCUUAAUGAAGCCCUCAUCCCGCUCCAUAGACUGCUGGGCUAACAGUGAGUCUGGAUUUCGUUACAAUAUUAACUAGUAAUUGCGUCCAUAAGGACAAUGAAAGCAUUUUAACUCGUCUGACCGGCAGUUUGUACACUUCACUGUGUGUACGUGGCACAAGGACACAUCGCCAAACACAAAUAUCGCACCGCAUCGACAGCUCCACUGAGCGAUCGAGUGCUGCUUAUGUGCUUACCUUGCACAGAACCACCACUGGUUAAUUUAACCCAACUAUUUGUCUACAAACAAUAAAAUGUCAAUUUCCCAUAGUAUGUCCCCUGGGGGUGGAAUGUUUUUUGAAAACCCUUCGUUUCAGUUCAUAACACGUGUAACUCAUAUUUAGCCAAGAUGGUGGCGCGUAUAUGGCGCGCGCGUUAUGAAUCCUACGGUCUCUGCAGACGCGCCAUCUGCUCAGGCCUUUCAUCAGCCAAUCAUAUUGCAGCGGGGCGCGUUGGUACAGAUAUAGACUCGGUAGCAGUAAUAGGCUUAUGUAGUACUACAUUGUCUGUAUCUCUCCAUCGCAAGAGCUCUGCUACAUAUCACAGUCGACAUGGCAUUCCAACUCGCUGGAAAUCGCUGUGUUUGCGACUGAGGUGUUUUGAUUAGCGCAGAAACUUUGCUUCACCCGAGGAUACGCGAUGCUCGCUAAAAGGUGGGAGGCAUAUACAUAAACUGUUCAUUCCUACACCGUUUACCUGAUUUGCAUGUAAAUACCCUCAAAUUAAAGCUGAAUGUCUACAGUAUACAUGCUUGGAUGGCUUUGGUGUAGAAGAACCCCAUCACAAAUGGUCAUUACCCCAAAACAUGCUCCCAAAUCUUCUGAAAGACUUAUCAGAAGAGUGGAAGCUGUCAUAGCUGCAAUGGUAGCGUUGCUUCAAUUCUUCCUGUCAUUUUCACUGGCAAGGUGUCCCAAUACUUUUGUCAAUAAGUGCAUCUGCAACGGUAGCGAGCGAUGCACAGCUCCUCAGUGGGCUUAAAAAAAAAAAAAACAAACAAAAAAAAAAGUUUCAAUAUUUAAUUUUCUACUUCAAAGUGUAUUUUUUUCUGAUUGUAUUUGUGUGUAAAAAGAAAAAAAAUGAUAUAUUCAUAUCGGAACAAUAUAACAGGUAGCUGCUGAUUGAAGCGUAUGAAAUGCUAUAAGAGUGUGUUCCAAUAAUAGCUUUUUGCGGUUGCCUGGUGACUGCACUUGUCAACCUGUGUGAGAGAUGCAAAGUUAUAAUUACUGAUAGUGUAAAUAUUCUAAAUAAGGUGUGUGUGUGCGCUUGGCCUUCAGACUGGCUGACAUGAUACUUUAGCAUUGAUCCAAACUUUUUUUUUUUUUUCCUCCUUUUAUGGCCAAAUGUGGGGAUGGGACAUUUAAUGUGUACGAUGUAUGGUCAAGCUCUACUAGAAACUUGCAUGUUUUAUCAUUUCUGACCACAUUCCAUGCAUUACUUUCCAUAAUUACUAUGUAGUUGAAAAUGAAAAAUCACUCCCUAUGGUCCUUUAGAAAUCUGCACUGAACUUGCUUGUCGCAGAAGAUGCACCAAUGUCAGUCCGUAACGUCCAACUUCUUGCCAUGAGGUGCAGUUGGAUCUAUUUACCACUUCCCGCCUUUUGGAAAAUUAACAAUAAAUACAUGUCGUCAAAUUCU